AUGUUCUACUGGAUCCACUUCCAAGUCAAAUACAACUUAUUGGCCUAUGGUACAUUAAGCGAGUGUUUCGAGAUACGACAAACAAAGAUGGUACUGAAUUACAUUAAGAGCUUGAUUACAUCGUUUGUCAUAUUGUUAACAAUAUGUGGCAUUGGUCAAAGUACAGUAAUGUACCUAAGGUUUGUAGAGAAACAAGAGGAGGAAGAACCUAUUGUCAUGUUAACCUACUUGGUAAGUCAAAAAAUUUUAUUUCUAACGUACUGUAGAUACGACAGCUUAAAGUACCACAUUCAAAAGGCCAUUUUUAACAAAACAAACUCUUUUAAUGACAAAGUUAACAUGUAGAACAAGUAAUGACAUACCUAUGCUAAAUAUUUUAAGGGUCUUUACGUAUCCUUGUGCACGUACAACUUUAUAUCAAUGUUGUACAUGAUACGAUCGUUCCCACAGCUUCAGAAAGCCAUAAUCAAAGACUUGCCUUUCUUCGAAAUCACUCCUCAUAACAUUGUCCCUGUCAAGGCUCCAGAAGAAGAUACCGAGUCAUACUUUCAGCAGCUUGAGGCAUCAUGGAAUACUCAGUUAUCUAAGUUAAAGCAGUAA